CGAUGGGCUCCCACGGACCUGGACUCGCGCUGGCGUGCGGCCUGCUGCUGGCCUUCGCCUGUGGUCCGGUGCUGGGCCGCCGGCCGCCUGACCAGCAGGACCAACAGGAGCUGCAGGGGACCCAGGAGCCUCAGGGGACCCAGGAGCCGCAGGGGACCCAGGAGCUGCUGCUGGACCACAUGGAGAGGGCGGAAGAGGAGCAUGAAAAGUACAGCCCCCCACUGGGCGAGGAGCCCCCUGCUUCCCGGUGCUAUCGCUGCUGUGACUCCGGUGCCCCUGUGUACCCCGCCGUCCCGGUGCCACAGAUCAACAUCACCAUCCUGAAAGGUGAGAAGGGUGACCGGGGACUUCGGGGCCUGCAAGGGAAAUACGGCAAAACGGGUGCGGCGGGCGCCCGGGGCCAUGUGGGACCCAAAGGGCAGAAGGGUUCCAUGGGGGCGCCUGGGGACCGGUGCAAGAACUACUACGCGGCCUUCUCGGUGGGCCGCAAGAAGCCCCUCCACAGCAACGACUACUACCAGACGGUGAUCUUCGACACGGAGUUCGUGAACCUCUAUGGCCACUUCAACAUGUUCACCGGCAAGUUCUACUGCUACGUGCCCGGCAUCUACUUUUUCAGCCUCAACGUGCACACCUGGAACCAGAAGGAGACGUACCUGCACAUCAUGAAGAACGCGGAGGAGGCGGUGAUCCUGUAUGCCCAGGUGAGCGACCGCAGCAUCAUGCAGAGCCAGAGCCUGAUGCUGGCGCUGCAGGAGCAGGACGAGGUGUGGGUGCGCCUCUUCAAGGGCGAGCGCGAGAACGCCAUCUUCAGCGACGAGUUCGACACCUACAUCACCUUCAGCGGCUACCUGGUCAAGCACGCCGCGGAGCCCUAGCCGCCCGCCCGCCCGCCGGCCUCCCGCGGCGCCGCCAGAGGCUACCUCCUCUUCCGCCCCCGCUCCCGCCCCGCGCUGGACCCCUCGGUCCAGCACCAGGCCGACUCCACCAGCUCAUCCCCCGGUCUGGGCUGCCCCGGUCCCCACGUCCCCAGCUUUGGCAAUCGACACGAGGCCCUUCACGGGAAUGGGAGGGACAGGCGGCUGGCGGGGCCCCAGGUCCUGCUGUCUCCGGAGAGGAAAUCAAGGGGGUUGGGGACGGGCACCUGCGAGAAUGGAGGGACCUCCAGCUCCCCUCUGUGGACACGUCCCUAAGGGACCCCUGCCCAGCACCCAGCGACGUGCGGGGUGUCCCAGCUUAAGUCAUCCUUGCUCCUGUCACUCACAGGAACUAUGCAACUUCCAAAAGCAGAGCCGUGCACGGUGACCACGGGGGAGGGGGUGCGCUGCUGCCUUCCCGCAGGCCCCGGGCCCCCGGGACGCUGUCCCCCCAGAAGCGGCAGGAGACCCCCGAGAGGGGGCCAUGUCUGGCCUCCUUCUUUUAGGCCACGUGUGCACCCUCCUGUGGGAGAGCCGGACAGAUGUCCACAGCCUGUGGACACCUCUGUGGCCUUGCCCCAGGGUUGAGGGGUCUUUCUGAGCCACAGCAGUGGGGGUGUCGGUCUGAGGAAGCAAGGGUCUGCUCCCCGAGGGACAGCCGGGCGCUGGGCCUUGGGCUCCGUGCUGGGGAAGCAGCCCGCUCGGGGGAGCCCACAGGCCCGGACAGCAGCGGGGGCCCGUGGGGGCCCGGAGCUGCGGCGGUUUCUGUGAGGAGCAAAGCCCAGCGCCACCGAGGCGGAGCCACACACCCCGGCAUGGCCUCCGUGCCUGUCGCCCCGGCAUCGGCUUCUGUCCCCCCUCCCAGGCACGCCCCCCACCCCCCAUGGAAGGCGGCUGGCCUUAGAUCCUACAGCAGCCAUCACGGUCACAGGCCGUGUCCUCUGACCCCCGGCACGGGUCCCGGAUUCCCAUCUCACAGAGGGCUCUGCCCCUAGCCCCCGGCGCCCUCCCGCGGGCCUGUGACCCGCGGCCGAACCUCGACGCAGGAGAGAGCCGGGCGGGGCUGGAAGGUCCCCCUCUGCCUGCCUCAGGGCUUCCGCAGGGCUCAGUCCCGGACACCGGGAGCCGGCCCGUCCCAACCAGUGGGGCCAGAGCCCCUCUCCGAGGUGCUGUGGGACGCCCGGGCGGGCGGGCUGCUGCGGCUCUGGUGCUCUGGCCGGCGGCCGACUUUGGCCCAGCAGCCUUCCCGCCUCUCAUGGCCACUCUCCCACCUGCCCGGCCUCUGAGCCCCUCCAGGAGGCUUGCCGCCCACCACCGGGUGGCCCUUGCUCUUGAACGAUGCCUUGGCCCCCCCGGGCCUGGCCAGGGGGUCCGGGGCCCACAUGUCCCUCCCUCCGAAGGACUUCUGCCGGUCAGAUGUUUG